AUGGUUGCCAAUCCACGUGCUACAAUGAGCAAAUUCAUAUCGGGGGUGUCCAACUUCAUUGCUAAGGAAUGUCGAACUGCUAUAAUUGUUAAGAAGAUGGAAAUAUCUCGUUUUAUGACUUUUGUCGAACAAAUUGAAGGAGAAAAGAUCAAAGAAAUGAGAGUAAGGGAUUCUAAGAAGGCCCGGGUGCCAUACCCUAAAUCUCAAGGUGAAGGAGGUGCAACUGCUAGGAACCCUUCUAUUCAAAGGUGUGCAAAGUAUGGAAAGCGUCAUGAAGAAAGGUGCUUAAUGGGACUGGAUGCUUGGUAUCAAUGUGGAAAGAUGGGCCAUAUGCGAUCCGAUUGCCCUCUUGUAGCCAAUAAGGGUGGAGAUGGUUAUUCUAUAGGAGGACAAGUGAAACAAGGUGCCCAAGCUCAACCUAAGGGUGGCCAACGCAAAAACUGCUUCUAUGCUCUUCAUGCUAGGAAAGAGGUUGACGAGUCUCGUUAUGUGGUCACGAGUAUGUUACAAGUCUUUAACUUUGAUGUAUAUUUAUUGCUUGAUCAGGGUGCCAACUUGUCUUUUGUUACUCCUUACAUUGCUAUGAGGUUGAUGUGUGCCCCAAGUGUUAAUAAAACCUUUCUCGGUUUAGACUCCCAUUGGUGGUUCGGUGUUAACCAAGAGAGCUUAUAG